AACAGCUUUCUCAUUGAGUUGCAUUCAUGUCCCCAUUCAUCCAGGAGGCGCUGGGAGCGUGUUUCGACUACUGACGCCCGAGCUCCUUCCGACAAAAUAGCGAUGGCUACUAUAGGUUUUCCCAGUACCCGUGAUCUCCGUGGCAGCCGAGUCCAAAGGGUUACGUGCUGCUCGGGCCCUGAACCGGCCGGUGGCUAUUCCAACCCCAUAAACAGGGUUAAAGGUGACCCUCAGCCGUAUGGAAGCAAAAACGUUUCAGCAGUCCGAGGUCACAUCUCAGUCCAGUUCCUCCAGAAUCGGCGCCGCUAGCCUCCCCUUCCCGCCCUCCGAAGGAAAGGUAGACUGGGACGCUCCUCCACCUUCCAAAUGGCUUUGGUCCGCGUUCCUCGGACCUGAGCUUUCACAGAGGCCACCUUCAGGUCCGCCACUAUCCCAGGAUUCCCGACUCCCGGUUUCCUGCCCUUCUCCCCUCCCAGCUCCCGGAGCGUGCGGGAGCGGCAAGAUGGCGGACGGCGGCGGCUUGGGUGAGGCAGCGAGCGCUGCGGCCGCUCCUCCCGCACCUACUCCCGGCCCGAGCCCGUCGCUGGGCUGGAGGGAGCGACUGCGGGCCGGGCUGGCGGGGACUGGGCCCUCGCUGUGGUUCGUGGCGGGGCUCGGACUGCUUUACGCUCUGAGGGUUCCGCUGAGGCUGUGUGAGAACUUGGCUGCGGGUCCGCAGCUGAUUGUCAAACCUGAGCCUCGGCUAUGGGCUCCUCCCUUGAGCUCUUAAGAUCCGCCCUCCCGGUUCUGUCCUCGUCGACCCGCGCGCGGAAGAGCCACCUGACAAGCUGUAGGAUUCAGUGACAGUAUUUUUAAAUUCAUUGACACCCAAAUUCUAUGUGGCACUUACAGGAACAUCUUCUUUGAUAUCAGGACUAAUAUUUAUAUUUGAAUGGUGGUACUUCCAUAAGCAUGGCACAUCUUUUAUUGAACAAGUAUCUGUGAGCCAUUUACGACCACUGAUGGGAGCAACAGAAAGCAGCAUUUCAGAGCCAGGUUCUCCUUCUAGCAACAGAGAAAGUGAAACCAGCAGACAGAAUUUGUCAGAAUGCAAGGUAUGGAGAAACCCUCUAAAUCUUUUCAGAGGAGCAGAAUAUAGGAGAUACACUUGGGUGACUGGUAAAGAGCCACUUACAUACUAUGACAUGAAUUUGUCAGCUCAGGAUCAUCAGACCUUUUUCACGUGUGACACGGACUUUUUACGUCCUUCAGACACAGUUAUGCAGAAGGCAUGGAGGGAAAGAAAUCCUCCAGCUCGAAUCAAAGCAGCCUAUCAAGCUUUAGAAUUAAACAAUGACUGUGCCACUGCAUAUGUUCUACUGGCUGAGGAAGAAGCAACGACUAUUGUAGAUGCUGAAAGGUUAUUUAAACAGGCACUCAAGGCAGGAGAAACAAUUUACAGGCGGUCACAGCAGUGCCAACACCAAAGUCCUCAGCAUGAAGCUCAACUGAGAAGAGAUACCAAUGUACUGGUAUAUAUUAAAAGAAGAUUAGCAAUGUGUGCAAGAAAAUUAGGAAGAAUAAGAGAAGCAGUAAAAAUAAUGAGAGAUUUGAUGAAAGAAUUUCCUCCUCUUACCAUGUUGAACAUCCAUGAGAAUCUCCUAGAAUCACUUUUAGAAUUACAGGCCUAUGCAGAUGUUCAGGCAGUCCUAGCAAAAUAUGAUGAUAUAAGCCUUCCAAAGUCUGCAGCAAUCUGUUAUACAGCAGCACUAUUGAAGACAAGGACUGUCUCAGAUAAAUUCUCCCCCGAAACAGCCUCCAGAAGAGGAUUAAGCACAGCAGAAAUUAAUGCUGUGGAAGCAAUUCAUAGAGCUGUGGAGUUUAAUCCUCAUGUUCCAAAAUAUUUACUAGAGAUGAAAAGUCUAAUUUUACCUCCAGAACACAUUCUGAAACGAGGGGAUAGUGAAGCAAUCGCCUAUGCUUUCUUCCAUCUUCAGCACUGGAAGAGAAUAGAAGGUGCUCUUAACCUGUUACAGUGUACAUGGGAAGGCACUUUUCGAAUGAUUCCAUAUCCACUAGAAAAAGGCCAUCUAUUUUACCCUUAUCCGAGCUGCACAGAGACUGCUGAUAGAGAGCUAUUACCUACCUUUCAUCAUGUUUCUGUUUACCCAAAGAAGGAGCUUCCUUUCUUCAUCCAUUUCACAGCAGGACUGUGUUCUUCUACAGCAAUGAUAGCUCUUCUCACACACCAGUUUCCUGAAAUCAUGGGUGUUUUUGCUAAAGCUAGUGAAGCUGCUCCACAAACACGUGAGGACCCCAAGGGAUGUUGGAGAGGAACUUGGAAAGGAGGAGUGCACCUAUAUUCAGAAUUCCGUGUGUGGGCCCCUUAAUCUGCAGCCUGCUGUCAAUACUUUACAGUUCUCAAUGGAAGGUUCCAAGAGAAGUCACGAUGGGCUAGACCAGUUAGGGACUUUGGUAAGAGCAUCUGUUGGCUGGAAUUGG